UAAAAACUGUAUUACCUCAUGCAAACUGGAGCAUUAGAUAUGUCACAGAGUUAACACCAUCAACAUAGAUACGUUGGACAGUAUUAACAAUCACACUGGAGCUACACAGGAUGCCCACCAAGGGUAAAUACAUCGCCGGGAAACAAGUUUCGCGAUGGGAUGCUGAGUCUGAAAAGGUUGACAUUGAAUAUAAAAACCUAGACAAUGCCUCAACUUCCAAAUUGUCCUUUUUUAGUGGGCAGAAAGGUUGUGCCUUAAAACUUCUGCUGCUGGCUGCCUGCCUAGCUGUUGGUAUGAUUGUUGGUUACAUCAUCCGACGAAAUGUUCACGAUGUCUUUCUGCAACCAAGUCAAGAAAAAACAACUUCACAUAACACGGAACAGGAAAUUCAAGAUUUUGACGAUAAGCUACGACUCCUGAUUCAGCAAGACCUUAACGAUGCCAAUAAUUUUGAUGACCAUAUAAGUAAAGUAACAGAGUUUGUACAUCUAUCAGGAGUGGGGUAUACCAACAGGUUCAUUAAGUAUGUCCGAGAAAUGUGGGGAACCUUCAGGUUUGACAGCAUAGACAUUCGCAAAUAUGGUGUGACGCUGUCUUACCCAAACUAUACAAAUCCGAACAGCGUAGUUGUGAGAGCACCAAAUUCAACUGUGAUAAUGGAGACCCAUUCAAACAUGUCCAACGUACAUCCAGAGUACAUGCCGUUCAACGCAUUCUCUCCAGCACUUGCUGUGAAGGGUAAACUAGUCUAUGCAAACUAUGGUACUAAGCAAGAUUUUGAGGAGCUGAGUCUCAUGCACAUCAAUGUAACAGGCACAAUAGUCAUCAUUAAGUAUGGGAAAAUCCAUGCGGCCAACAAGGUGCGGCAUGCGGAGGACAACAAGGCAGUGGGUGUGAUCUUUUACUCCGAUCCAGUGGACUUCGCUCAUAACCAAUCAUCCUUGGCCCCACAUACCUGGUGGCUCCCAGGAUGGGCCAUACAGCUCUACCAUGUCCGGUACAACCUGAUAGGAGACCCACUCACACCAGGCUAUUCUGCUAUCAAUGGUGUGUACAGAACUCCGCCAGCCGCAGACUGUUAUCCCAGAAUUCCCUCGCAGCCGAUCAGCUACAAUGAUGCAGCCGACUUGAUGAGGAAUAUGGGAGGCCCUACGGCUCCUAAUAAGUGGUUUGGUGGACUAAACAUAACCUACAAACUGGGACCAGGUUACCUGGACGACAGAACUGUUGAGUUAACAGUAAAUAACAAAAAUGACAAGCGUAAUAUUUCCAACCUGAUAGCAGUGAUAGAAGGAAAAUAUGAAAAAGAUAAAUAUGUUAUUGUGGGGGCACACAUAGAUUCCUGGACUAAAGGAGCCGUAGACGCAGGGUCAGGCUACGCUGUUAUCUGGGAACUGGCUCGUGCAUUUACAUCCAAAGUGGAAAAAGGUUGGCGUCCACGGAGAUCCAUUCUUUUUGCAUUGUGGGAUGCUACAAAAUACGGUCAUAUUGGUUCAUUUGAAUGGGUACAGGAGUAUGAAAAACAGUUAUUGACAGGAGCUGUAGCUUAUAUAAACCUGGAUGCAGUCAUUAGAGGUAACUAUUCUUUUUCUGCUGAAGCAAGUCCACUGUUAUAUUCUGUCAUCAAAACUGCGGCCAGUCAGGUACCCUGUGUCGACCCCGACUACCAUGAUAUGUCUGUUUUACAGAUGUGGACCAAGAAGUUCCCAGACCUAACCAACAGUACACAGCCAAGGAUCUUUCCCUUGGAAGGUGACAGUGACCAUUCUCCAUUUUACUAUUACCUGGGUGUACCUUCAUUUUCACCUGCAUACACCUUUAAUGUAAAGCUCUACAAGAAUCUACCCACUUACCCAGCCUACAGUACACUGGAGGAUACCAUUAACUAUCUACAAGUGUUCAUUGAUCCCAGAAUGAAACUGCAUGAAACUGUCUCCAAGGUUGUGUCCGAUGUUAUACUCCGACUCGCAGACAGUGCCAUCAUUCCAUUUGACAUACAAAAUUACAUCAGCAUUUUCGAAAGUGGAAAAAUUUACUUGCACUCUUUGAAAUCUGUCUUUGUAGUUGCAAAUGUCAACCUAGAUACAUUAAUUUCAAGAAUUGAUGAUUUCACAAAAACCGUCGUCACAUUUUCAUCAAAUAUUACAAAUAUAGAUGUUUCUAAAUUAAAUGAAUAUGAAAUACAUCAUCUUAAUCACAAACUCAUGCAGGUACCACGGGUAUUUAUAGUAGACAAAGGGUUACCUGGACAGUCACAGUACAGAAACAUUUUAAUGUCACCACACCCUGAGGAUCUCAACACACCACAAGUGUUCCCUGGGAUCGCAGCGGCACUCAAAGAUGUUAUCAGUGAUCAGAACUGGUUACCAAUGAAAGAACAAAUCUCUUAUUUAAUCAUAGCUUUACAACAGGCCACAGACUUAUUAAGUGACAGCAUUCUCGGUGAAACACUCUGAUCUGAAGAUAUCACUAUUUUGUUUCUUCGUUUUACUGUCAUUUCCUUUUCCAAUUUUUCUGAUGUGAGUUACAAGGUAUGCAUGAAGAGAAGCCGAGGACUGAAGCUGUCAAUCAUGUUUUUUUUUUAUUUCAUUGUUGUAAUUAGUUUUACAAUAAAUCUGACUUUAUUUAUAGAAUAAUGAAAAUAUAUGUAUAUAUAUAAAAAAUAAAUGCAUCAUUGUUGAUGCAGAAACUGCUUAAAUGGUGAAAGAUACUGCUUAAUUAAAAUUUCUAAGAAUGUUUGGUAAUGUGUGUAAAAUUUGUAUGUAUGUAAUUACAUGUGAAUUGAGAAUGUAUUUGUACAUAUAGAGAAGAUGUGUUCAAAUGUAUGAACUUUUAUUUCUUGACUGAGUUAUAUUGUGAUAAAAUGAUAUUGUGUAUAAUUAUCCAAAGUUUAUCUGAUCUCUGACUAAAUUUACGAUAGGACACCCUACCAGUAUUCAAUGUAUGUGCAAGUGUUAAAGUCCAAUUUUACUCUUUUUUCGCUAUGAUUGACAGAAACACUUAUUGUUUAAUGUUGAAAAAAACUGGUGAUAUGAUUUCCUUACAAUAUCUGGUGAUUCAGAGAUGAACUCCUCAAAAAAGCGAUUCUUUUUUAAAUUUUAAAUGUGUGAUCUGUUUUUAAGAUCCAAUUCUGCAGUGAGUAUUUAGCAAAGUAUGGAUUUUUUUUUUAUCAACCAAAUGUUCACAAAAGCAUACCUUCAUUUUAUGAGAAUUGAUUUAUUGAAUAUAUUUGCUGUUUAUUACCUGUUAACAUGUAUUUAUCAUGAGUGGCUCUCACCACUGCCAAAACUGAAAAUAAAACUUCUUCUCCAAACUGAUGUGAGGAUAUACACCAGAAGAUGCUUCUGUACAGGUGUCAGAGGACGUUAAGAGUUACCUACCUUAGUCCACAACCAGUAUUUAAUAUUUACCUUGUGUUACAAAUCAAGUUUUAGUUAACAUAUUACUGCAUUCAGAAAAAUGAUCAAUAUUACAGUUUUAAAUUUAAGUCCGCUUUGUGUUAACAUCAUGCAGACUAACAUGUGCAUCACUGCUUGUCAAGCUUUCAACUUAAAGGUCUCUGUUCAAAAUUACUAACAACUUUUGAGAAAAUAUUUUUUGAUGUUUUUUAAUACAUCAUAUUUAGUAUAAAAUAAAUAUUGAAAUAUAAGGUUUGUGUACAAGAUAUCCCAUGACAGAUUUUUUCCAUUGUUACACUAUCAGGUACUUAAUUAUUAGAUUGUAAUCAGUAAUGAUUAAAGGUCAGAGAUCACACAUGAUUUGAAGAUUGCUCAUAAAGAUAUAUCAUGAACCACUCUACAGCUUUAAUUAAAGAUAAAGGAAAGAGAUAUAUAUCUAUGUGAGCACUUGCUCAUCUCAUUUUGAUUUCAAAUGAAAUAAGUUCUUAUCAUUUUCCAUAAGAAUUAACUUUCUAAACUUUCUGCUAUGAGUACAUGCUCGUUAAUUUGUAAUGACAAACUUUUUUGCUACUUAACUGUGUCUGAAUAUGAUCACUGUCUUCCAACUCAUUUACAUGAAAUCAAACCCCAACUUCUCUGACAAACACAAUAAAAGUGGUUGUAUUGAGGUGAUAGGCUCAGUUUUAAAAAUCAACACUGUUGUGGCAGGUAAUGUGGAUAUUCUGACCUAGAAAUGACGAUAUUCUGAUAAUCUUACAUGGCAAGGUGGAAAUUCUGACAUAGCAAUGAGGACACUGAUAAUCUGACUUGGCAGCAUGGAUAUUCUGACCUAGAAAUGACGAUAUUCUGAUAAUCUUACACGGCAAGGUGGAAAUUCUGACAUAGCAAUGAGGACACUGAUAAUCUGACUUGGCAGCAUGGAUAUUCUGACCUAGCAAUGAGGAUAUUCUGAUAAUUUGACAUGGUAAAUUGGAAAUCUGACAUGGCAAUGAGGACACUGAUAAUCUGACAUGGUAAUGAGGACACUGAUAAUCUGACAUGGCAAUGUGGAAAUUCUGACCUAGCAAUAAGGACAUUCUAAUUUCACAAUGUGGAAAUUCUGACUAGUAAUGUGGAAAUUUUGAUAUGGCAAUGAGGAAAUUCUGAUCUAGCAAUGUGGACAUUCUGUCAAUGCUGAUGGUAAAUACUUUAGCUUCAGUUAUCUACUGGUCAUUUAUUAUUGGGGUUACUUGUAGUGUUAUUGGGGACUGUAAUUUGCUGGAUUGCCUUGAUUUUUUCAAGUUAAAAUAUGUCUGUUUCACUAUACUGUUUUAGGUCAGGGUAAAUCCAUCUCAUAUUCAAGUAUUUAAGGUCAUGGAAUGUCUGUCUUACGAUUCAGUGUUUUGUGUCAUGGAAUGUCUGUCUUACGAUUCAGUGUUUUGUGUCAUGGAAUGUCUGUCUUACGAUUCAGUGUUUUGUGUCAUGGAAUGUCUGUCUUACGAUUCAGUGUUUUGUGUCAUGGAAUGUCUGUCUCACGAUGCAGUGUUUUAGGUCACAAAAUGUCCAUCUCAGAAUGAAGGUUUGAAUGUCAUGGUAUGUCCAUUUCUGGAUCCAGUGUUUUAGGUCACCAAAUGCCUAUCUCAAAAUGAAGUGAUUUAAGGCCAUGGAAUGUCCAUUUCACAAUCCAGUGUUCUGUAUCAUAGAAUGUCCAUGUGACAAUUUUGCUUCUGUGGUCAGUGAAUGAAUGUUGUAUCUGCUGACACCUAAGUAUAUACGUUCCACUACAUAGUAAUGAAACUAUAAUGCAACAGUGACUCUUCCAGAUAUUAAAAUGUGGGGGAAAAAACUUUAAAUGUACAAAAAUCACCUAGUAUUAAUACAAAAUGUCUUCCAAAAUUAAAUACCUACAGUAAUUAAUAUUUUUAGUUAAAACAUUUUAAAUAUCUUCAUCAGAUUUAUAUGUUGGAUGAAAAAAAAUCAUGAAAAAGUCAAUUUUACAGUAUUUAAUAAAUAAUUUCUGAAUGAGAAUGUUAAAUCUAUCACUGAGCCAAAAAAAAUGUGUAGUCCUGUAGACGCUAGCUAGAUAGAAGAAAAGUGCAUGUUUACAGAGAAUACUUACACCCUACUUAGUUUACAUGUAGCACUAUUCCUGUAGAUUUAUCAUGUAGAUGUUAGGGUUGAGAUCUAUUUUUCUACUUGAUACCAUACAGAAUGUUGGUUUGUCUGUUGAGAGUGAAAGAAAAAGAAACUAAACUUCUGUACAUAGAUUAUAUGUAAAUAGGAAAUUCAAGAGAGAUCAUCGAAUGAAUACCAAGGUAGGUUUGUCCAAUCGAAGUUAGAGUGAGCUCCCCUGUUAAAAAUUGGAGUGAUCUCCCUUGUUAUACAUUUAAGUGAACUCCCCUCUUUUACUUACAUUAGAAUGAUUUUCACCGAUAUGUGUUAGAGUGAUCUCCCCUUUAUUUUCUUCUUCACAGCUCCUAUAUGAUAUAUUAUGCAUAUUCUUUUUACCUGUAAAUUGAUUGAUCAUAACUAAUCAUGCUGUAUAAAUGUCUUUAGUUCAGCAGAGAAAUAUCUGUUUUGAAGGAAACUUGUGAUAAAAUAAAAUCUGAGAAGAAAGAACGAAGAUGGUGUGUGAAGCAGAGAUACCUUUAAACUUCUUGAAACAUCUUCAGUAUAUCAUAUCAUUGAUCGCAUAAAGAUUUGAAAUUCUUUAAGUAUGUCUUUUAAUCUUCCUCACCUUUUGUUUCCCUAUCAUUGUCAUCACAGAGCAAGAUUGAGCAUCAGUUCAAUCUUAUUUUAUCAGCAACACAUACUUAUUUCUUCACUUAAUAAAAUAUUAGUCUAAAAUGCAGUCCCCCUCAUUAUCUCUGUACAAAUCUUGCAUCUGCAGAUGUUGACAUUCUUUUUUUUUCUUCCUGUUGAAAGUCACCUGGAAAUUGCUCAAUCCAGACCAAUCUUUUAACUAAUUCUCAUUUAUAUUGAUAUAACAUAGUUUAUAGAUCUAUCAUUAGGAUGAAUGAUAUUCAUAAUACUAAAAAUUAUAUAAGUUAAUUAACUUCAAUAAUAUUAUUGUACUAGAUUUUUCUGUAAUGUCAUGGAGCUUAGCUAAUGUAAUAUCACGUUGCCAAAAUUUACUAAAAUGUCACUAAGCUUAGAUUUACUAUAAUAUAUAAUAAUUUUUAUUUAACUUUUAGUAUGAAGUUUCAGUAGAUUUGCAUUUAACUGCAUUUUAAGUAGGGUUAAAGUAUCUUAAGUAGUGUUGUGUAUUUAUAUAUUUAUUUCAUGUUAAGUGUAUUUUAUGCAGAUUGUAUUUUAUGUCGAGUGUAUUUUACAUACCCAGUAUAUUGUUAUUUUAUGGAUAGUUUACAUUAAGGAUAUAUGUUUGGUGGUGGUUGUUUUAAGUUGUGAUGAUUUUCCUAUUUCCUGUUUAUUUUACGUUGUCCCAUUCCAUUUAGUUUAAUCUCCAACAACAUAUAUGUCUAGUUUAUAUACAGUUUACAUAGUUUGAGAUAAAUGCAUGUGUUUAUUUAUUUGUUGAAAUGUUGAACUGACAUUGUACAUUGACUCCACAUAUUUUACUCAAGGUAUGCCUUCUUUAAGUUCAGAGUAACGCCUAUAUGUUUUGUUAUUAAUCUACCAUGACAUUAACAUGGAUCUGGUCUGGUCAUGACCAAGAUCUAGUCUGGCACUGACCUAGAUCUAGUCUGACCCUGACCUAGAUUUAGUCUGGCUUUGACCUAGAUCUAGUCUGGACAUGACCUAAAUCUGAUCUGAUCCAUCAAUCUUUAUCAAGUGAGUGAAAUGAAAUUGUAAUCAGUAAAUUUUCAUGAUUGAAAAUGAAAAUAUUUAGGUGAACAUGUUUUUAGAACUUGACUUAUGUCGAGUUGUUUGUUCUGUUACUUAUUUUACAUUUUUCUCCGGAGCUUGUGUAUAAAAGAUGGGUAUGAUAAUGCUCAUAACCUAUCAAUCAUUUCUACCACUGUUAGAUAGCCAAACAUUUCAGAUUUCCAUAAAACUACCCUCAUACUUACUUCAUUUUACCUGUAUUUAUUCAGAAUCACUACCAUAUCUAGCAAUUUUUACUGGUCAAAAGUUUUGCAAUUUUCUUUUGAAUUGACUGAAUAAUAUUUAAACAAAUUCGGAUUUCAUGAUCGGGAUGUGAACGGACAUCUAGUAUACUCAUGUCCCAUUAUUUCAUGGAUUAAAUUUUCACAAUUAAGUUAAUGUACCGUGAAAUAAUGAAAAUAGUAUCCCGUGAUAAAGAGGUAUAGAAAUGAAGAAUGGAUUACUCGAUCUGCUUAUAAACUCAUCGGGUUAUCGUUUACAGUCAGAUUGGCAUUGUGGUGAGUAUGAGUGUGUGAGAAUUUAUUUCCAUAUGUAAUACAAAUAGUAUUGAUCAAGGAAAAAUAAAAUAUUGCUUGUUCAUUGUAA